UUGCUGUGGCCUCCGCCUCCUUUGUCGCGUCUCGGCUGGGCGUGGCUUCGAGUGGCUUCUGCCAGUGUUCUCCCAGCGUGGUGACUUGGAGACGCCCCUCAACUGCCCCAGAUGGCGUCCACCCUCCCGACAUCCGACGCCCAGGAAUCACUGCUGCUUGAAGAUCUGGACGUGUAUUUUUCUCAAGAGGAAUGUGUGAGUCUGGAUCCUGCUGAGAAGACCAUGGGCAGAGAAGCCACGCUGGAGUGUUCCAAGGAUUUGGACUUGAUUGGAGGGGAAGAAAAGACUGAGAUUAAUCACCAGCUAAGCCUAGAGUCUCUGGAACUUGAAGAGCUUUCCCUAGAAAAGUACUCCAUUGAUGGACCCUUUGUCCAUUACCCCAAAAAAUCUGAGGAUGAUGUUGAAAUACCUGAAAGGAAAAUAUCAGGUGGUACUUUGACUUGCAAGAAAAAACUUAUAAGCCUCUUAGUUACUAUUGAAAACCAAACCCCAUUAGUGGAACUAUCUCAAUGUUUAGGAGUCAGAACACUUUCUGACAUUCUUGAAGUUCCCUGGGAAGAAACCAAAAAUCUGUACAACUGUCCUGACUGUGACGAAAGCUUCAGUGAUAAUACAUACCUUGUUUUGCAUCAGAAAAUUCAUUCAAGAGAGAAAAAGUAUGUAUGUAGUGACUGUGGGAAGACCUUCAGUCAUAGAACCAAUCUGAGGACACAUAGGAGAAUCCAUACUGAUGAGAAGCCUUACCAGCGUACCAAGUAUGCUGUCAGCUUCUGCCAGCAGUCACACCUGUCCCAACAUAUGAAUAGCCAUAUGUAUAUGGAGAAACCAUAUACAUGUAGCAUAUGCGGGAGAAAUUUUAGGUGGCUCCCAGGAUUGGCAGAGCAUCAAAAGAGUCAUGUUGCUAAAUCAUAUGAAUGUGCUAAUGGCCAAGAUCGAUAUUGUCAGGAAACAAAUCUGGCUUUGCCUGUGAAGACAGACACAUCCAACACUCCAGCCCAGUACACUGAGUGUGUGAAGAGCCUUGAGCAGCCUUCAUACCCUGCUCUCCCUGAAAAGAGUCAUAAGGAGGACUCUAAGCAUUGCAGUAUUGAUGAUGAUUUCUUUUCAUUCUCCAGAUUUAAACCGUUACAGUGUCUUGACUGUGACAUGACCUUUCCUUGUUUCUCUGAGCUUGUUUCUCAUCAAACCAUUCAUGACAUGGAAAAACCCCAUAAAUGUAAAACCUGUGCAAAAACUUUUGCUUCGGAUUGGGAACUUGCAUGCCACCAGAAGAGCCACACAAAAGAAGAACCUUUUAAAUGUACUGUGUGUGGGAAGCGCUUUAGAGUGAAUACAUAUCUCAUUGCUCAUAAGCAAACCCACAGGAGAAACACCAAGUAAACACAAGUUUUUGCUAAUGCUUGGACUUUUCGGUAUCUGUAUGGUAGAAAACAUGUAUUGUUUUUGUGCCGGGCACUGUGCUAAGUAAGCACUUUAUAUACAUUCCAUGUUAAUAGUUUUCACCAGGACCCUGAGUUAGGCAGUAUUAUUUCUUAUUUCUGAUUUAGAACUAAGGAAGUAUAAUGUUAAAUUAGCUAGUAGGUGAAGCCAGGAGUUGAACUCAGUUACUGAUCAAAUUCAUUUAUAUGAGCCAGAGAGACAUGAAACUUUAAAAUCCAGUUUUCAUUGAAAUGAAGGCUAUUGCCAGAAAUUUUUUUAAAAAAUGGUUCCUAAGAAUGUUUUAGAAGGAGAGUUUAUUUUUUGCCAGUUCUAUACAUGUACCUAAGAACAUGAAUGUUUUUAUAUCUGUUUUAUACUUUUCAUGUUAUAAAUGUUCAUAUGAGAUAUUUGUCUUAAAUGUGAAUAUAUAGAGACGUUUAGAACUCUAUAUAAAAUUUCUACACAGGCCAACUUUUUUUUUUCAGAAAGGGGGGUGAUCUUACUAUGUAGCCCAGGAUGGCCUCAAAAAUCACCAUUUUCCUGCAUCCACCUCCCCCAAGUGCUAGGAUUACUGAUGUGAACAAUCAUAUUCAGCUACUUGAUAUCUUAAUUACAAUUAGUAUUUAUGGAGUUCCCAUUUUCAGAUCUGAUGGCAGAGGCAGGUCUUGGCAUCUGUGAUUAAAUGUUUUAAUAGUCUAAUUACAGCUCCUUUCUAGAGGUUAGACUUAACUUGUAUUUGUUCCUCUCUAAGGGGAUUUGCCUCCAGAUCUCUACUGAAGCACAUUCCAGGUUUGUUAUGAAUACUUAAAAAAACUUAUUUUAGUGAGUAUCCUGAUACUUCAGGUAUACUCUUGUGUUUAUUCUUCAGAAUAAAUCUAUGACAGAGAAAGGACUAUCCAUGUUUCUUAAAGAAACUGAAGCUCUCAGAGGGUAAAGUCAAUCCUUUGCCAAGCACACAAAAUAUCACAUUGUGGAUUUAAAUUUAGAGGUCUUGUUAUUCUGAAGGCUACACAUUUUUGUGACACUGCACUAUCUCUUGGCUUUUGUACCAUAUAUUACUACUGCUAGGAGUAGUAAUAGGAGAAGGAGGUUGAACAAGGAAGGGGAAGGUGGUCAUCAAGGAGGCUACCCUGGGACUUGGAACCUGAAACCCUUUAUGCUCUUCAGUUUAUCCAAUGCUUUGUUCCAUGUAUCUUUAAAAAGCAACAGAAGACUUUCUGGUUUGAAUUCCCAUUAUUAUAAUCAGAUCAGAGAGUUCAAGUUCCACAGAGCACAUUCUGAAGGUGUUAAAUGGGUUUUUGUUUUUUUCUUUUCAAUUGUAACAUUUCCAUCCUCUAAGGAAAAUACAUGCAGAAAAUUGUUGAGUUUAUAACCACAAUAAUUAAUCACAUAUGUCUUUAGGUACUAGUAUUGCAGAUAGACAUUGGAAUAAAAUAGUCAUAUACUGUGGUUAUUAAUGUUAAAGAACCAGUGAAUUAUAAAUAAAGAAAAUACGGAAGGAGGUGAGAAUUUAUGCCACAGGUCCUUCUGUAUACCUUAUAACACGGAACUUCACAGGUUACCGCUCAGUUUUUGCAAUUUUCUGUAUUCUGUAGACUUUGAAAGAUUAACCAUAAAAGAUUAGAAAAAGAGCACUUUAAAAAAAUCAUUAAUAUAUAUAUGAGUAAUUAAAUGGCUUUGGUAUAAUGUUGGUGACUGAAAAAAGUAAAAAAAAAAGAAUGUUAGCUACUAUGAAAUAGACAUAUUUUCAGUUGUUGCCUUACUGUGCACUUGUUCCUUAAAACAUUAGUUAGGUGUUAUUCUCAAGCUGCUUUGCCCCUAGGUAGUUGAAGGAAGCUUUGCCUGCCAGUGGUAUUCAGGCUGUUUUUAUGAUGAUGGCCUUCUAACUGUGCUGUCAGCUAGUGUAGAUUCCAUAAGAUGGUUAUUAACUCAGCAAUAUUAGCCAGUCAUGUUAGGCGCUGUUAACAAAUACUGGAUGAAGUCAAUACAGGGAUUAGAAAAACACCUAAAUGUAAGAGUUUAUUUAUAUGAAUGGUUGGCUAACUCCAUGUUGCAGAAUAGGUGCUGACAUACUAUGAAGAGUAGAAACUUGGGGUUGAAAAAAUGUACUCAAACCUCAUGGGUUUUGUUGUUGAUACAUUGAUGAAAAUGUGAAGCAAACCAGUAACAUGACCUCUGAGAUAGACAAUUCAGUUAAACUGUUAUUAUUGGCUGGGGGUGGUGGUGCACGCCUUUAAUCCCAGCACUUGGGAGGCAGAGGCAGGUGGAUCUCUCUGAGUUCAAGUCCAGCCUGGUCUACAUAGUGAGUUCUGGGACAGCUGGGGCUACAGGGAGACCCUGUCUCAAAAAGAUAAAAACAAAACAAAACAAAACAAAAAACGAUAAAACCUAUCAUCAUUGAUGAAAACAGCAUUUCACAAUGGAAUUCAGAUGCUAAUAUUUGCACUUUGUAAUUUUAGAUUUUGUUGUUGAAGGAAUUAAAUUCAAAAUAGUUUUGUCUAGAGUUGUGUUGUUAUAAAUAAUAGUAUAUUCAUAUAUCCCCAUCUAACACUGGAGAUGGCUAGCCCAGUAAUUCAGGGAGUUAAAACAAAUGACAUUGCCCAGGAAAUGUCAUGUUUUCCCUCUUACUCCUAAAGUUCCAUACGGUUAAGUAGCAGUGUUCUGGUGACUGUAAUGUAAGAUGUCAAACAAUCUGAAAAUGCAGAUUUUGCUUAAAAUCUAAUUUAUUGUCUAUGUGUUCAAGGGGAGAUAUAGGUUAUAGUUUUAUCUGAAUAAAGAACCUAUUUUGAAUGUUUGUUAAGCUCUGUUAUCCCAUGGGAUCUCAGUAGGAAAGUACUUUUGCUUUGUUUAAAAAAGUAAAUGAUGUUUAUUAAAUAUGCACUUUUAUGUUUUUGUCUUAUAUAUUAAGAGAUCUAUUACUAUAAUAUAAAAAUGGCUAUUACCCAUCUUCCCAAGACCUGUCUGGCUACAGGUGUUUUGUCUCUUUCAACUGAGAUCCCUCUCUUCAUGAUCAGUCUAAGGAAAGGGGAUAUAAACCUAAGAAUGUUCUUCAGUGUCUAGUUAUUUUGAUGCCUAAGAAGUAUGUUUUCGGUAUGCACGUUUGUUUUAAUGUUUCAACUGUACUGUUUUUGAUGUAGUCCCAUUAUCUUAGCUCUAGAUUGCAAUCUCUCAAUGGUUUUAAUUAUGUCUAGCUGAUGUGCAAAUAAAUGCUAUUUUAC